GGUUUACGGUUUGGCUUGGCCUCUGCUGGGGGAGCGGCAGGCGCACUGCUGCCGGCCGAAGACGAGGAAGACUGCGCUGCUGCCCGAAGGCAGCAACAGCAGCAGCAGCAACUGCCGCAGCCGCAGCAGCAACAGCAGCAGCAGCAGAAGCAGCAGCAGCAGCAGCAGCAGCAGCAGAGACCGCGUCUGCAGCAGCAGCAGCAGCAGAAACGCCCGCUGCAGCUGGAGCUGAAUCCCCGGCAGCAGCAACAGAGCUAG